UGCAAGAUAAAAAUGCUUUUUGUGUCGAUAACAUUACAUGUACACGUACACAGUUAUAAUGGACCCAGCCAGAUGGCGAAUAGCAGAAAUCUGUAAAUAAUUGACACUCCUUAUAAUUGUUAUGAUGAAAACAAACAGGUGAUCGGAUUUCAAAAGAAAAAACAGCUAGAUUUCUCAUUCCCACACAAACAGGACCAGUAAAGGAUGCAAGACAAUGCAUGUUAGCUUCGUUGAAGAUUCUAAACAAGAGCACUGUUUCUUUAAAAGAGGGUGUCUCUCGUCAAACAGGAAGUGGGAAGCAAGUCUUCCACUUCCAUGAGCAACAAACGACUGAGCAAGAACACAAAACUCAAGCAAGAACUGUACUGGAAAUCGCAUUUCCUCACAUGAGUUAUGCUUGUCCAGCUGUGGUGGGUACAGUCGAGGAAACAAUAGAGGUAGUGAUGGAGCUCGGAGAGCUGAAUCCGAAUCAUUACCCUGCUCAGAGGGCAGCCAAGGUGGUCGAACAUUACCUGAAUACCCAACAUGGCUCACCAUACAAAGUCUUUACACUGCACAGGGUCUUAAGCGCCAGUGCAGAGGAUGUGCCUGACUCCGGAAGAAAGUACCAGCUGAAGCUCUCUGUGCAGGAAAGUGUUCAUCACCAAACCAUAGAGGAAUGCCUGGCAGAGGUUUUAUUCCCGACAGGGGAGAGCCACGCCCCACCACAGGUCCAAGUUUCAUCAUGUGAGGACCUCUUGAAAAUCAACGUCACCGUUCAAGAAGAGAACUUGUACCAGCAAUACAAGCGUAACGACAGCCAUCUAUUUGCACAAAACUUACCUGACAGUUACGGUCACAUGGAGCCGGAGCAUGUGCCUUUCUGGCACCUCGGCAUAGUCGUGUCCAGCUUCGUCAUGUUGAGCGAAUCCACCCAAGAUACUUUGUACAACAUGGCUCAAGUAGCCAACGUCUCGCAACUGGCAACUGAGGACAACCUGCUGAAGUUUGACUAUGAUGUACUGCUCCAUGAAAGGGUGUCCCAGGAAAUCUUUGCUUGGAAGAUGCUGGUCACCUGGUCUCCUUCUGACGGAGUUAAAGUGCUGAAGAUGGAGAAGAAAGACUACACUGUCAAAAACCUAAAAAUUACACUGUUGUAAAUGGUUUAUCCUCCGUGUGAUAUCAAGUAUCAGUGUGCCGCAUUUACAUGUAGAUUAUAUUAAAAAAAUAUUUGCGCAGA